AGUUUUACAAUAAAUAAUUUUUUAUUUUAAAUUUACACAUUUAUUUUUUAAAAUAAAUUAUAUACAGUUUAUAUUAAAAUGAUAAAUGAAAAGAAGGAUUUUAAUUAAUGAAUUCAAUUUCAACGGCGUUACAAUAACAUGGUCUGUUUCAGUCCUUCUUUCACUAUCGCAUCUCAUAACCAGCCUGAAGCUAACGAACCUUCACUGUGAAAGAUAUCUAGUAGUAUUUAAUGCCACAUGUGCAGCAACGAUCUUGGUAUUUGGAUCCUUGGUUAGUUUGGCAGUUUCCCUGAGGAUUCCAGCAACAAUUUUAGGUCAAAUUUUACAGAAAAUUGGGUUUGAAUACAUAAAACAAAAUCACAUCGUAGACCUCUUGUGUGUAUUUGGAGUCAUCGCAUUUGCAUCAUUAGCGUCUUUCAAGCCUCUGACAGGAUUUUUUAAAGCUAUUUCAGCCAGCAAAUGUAAAGAUUUAAAGUCCAUUUACUACUACUCAACAGUGGCUUUGAAUUGCCUUGACCUAUUCUUUAUGUCAUGUGUAACGUGGUCAAUGAUGAGAAGGCGCUACUACAAAUCAUUUUCAAAUACACCUGAAUACAACAAGAUUAAAUCUAGACUUAAAAAAAACUAAUGUGUUAUUAUACAA